AUGGUCGAAUCUGAACCCGUUAAUGUGGAAGAGGCUUUCAGUGUUCCAAAGUGGAUUUGUGCUAUGAAAGAGGAGCUGGAAUCCAUUGGGAAAAAUAGUACUUGGGAGCUUGUUGAUCUACCAAAAGCGAAGAAGGAAAUUAGUGUGAAAUGGGUGUUCAAAGUGAAGGCAAAUCCUAAGGGUGAGAUAAUCAAGCAUAAGGCUAGAUUAGUGGCUAAGGGAUUUUUACAAAGAGAAGGUAUAAACUUUGAGGAGGUAUUUGCAUCGGUUGGUAGGAUUGAAAUCAUUAGGCUUGUUGUUGGUAUUUCUCAUAACCACAAAUGA